UUCUUUACGUUAUUGUUGACGUCGCUCGAGUAGUGACAGUGUACAACAAAAAUGUCUGUUUGUAAUUAGCUACAUAAAUUUAUCAGUGUUUUUUAUCCUGUUAUUUUUCAUGUGUUGUGAUGAAGGUUGACUUACGCUCCUCGUGGAUUACACAAUUUUGACAUGGAUACAUAAAGAUGAUGUAAGUAUGAUGCCGCGCUCUAGAAAAAACGGGGCUUAAUGCAUGUGCGUUAAAUGUCGUCCCAGAUUAACAUCUGCAGCCCGCACACGCUAAUCAGGACGACACUUUUCCAAUCCACACAGACUUCCUUUUAACGAGAACUUCCAUAAAAGCGGACUGCCUGCACAGGCUAAUCAGGGACGACACUUUACGCUCACGCAUUAAGCCCCGUUUUCCGAAAGCGGCGUCCAUAUGUUUGUAUUGUUGUUAACAGAUUACAUGUACACAAGAUGCCGCGCGUCUGUCUCUUGCUCGCCCUGGCAUGCGCAUUCGUUCGCGGAACUCAAGGCCAGUGGCCUCUGGGAUCUACUUUCUACCGCACGAUGAGUGAACUUAAUCAGUCUACCGUCUACCAUAAGAUUUCACUGAACACACAAGAGCGCAAGGCCUACAUAAAAAUCGAUAUCGCGCGUGCGCAGGAAGGAAUACUAUUCGGGGAAGGGCGCGUGUUUGUUAACUCGGAUGGCGGGCUAGGAUACCUCUACAAUUUCACGGACGGCUCUAUGAUGCUCUACUCGCUGAGCCCCGGAAGUCCGCCCUACGGCUACAUGUUCCACUCGGGACACGCGUCUGACUUUUACUGGCCAGCGCUGUUUGGAUAUACAGGACCGCUGGGACCGGAUUUCUACCAACUCAUGAGUAAACUCAAGUCUGGGGGCCAGGUCCAGAUACAAACUGAGAUGGCGCGUGCACAUGAAGGGAUUCCCUUCGGGGAAGGGCGCGUGUUCGUGACCUCUGAUGGUGGGAUGGGAUACCUUUACAAUUCCACGGACUUCUCUAUGACGCUGUGCGCGAUGAGCCCCGGAAGUCCCCCCCACGGCUACAUGUACCACACAGGAGCAUUUGGAACAUUCUAUAGCGCCUGGUGAUUUUCAAAAGUCCUCGGACGCUUUCGCAUUAUUUUGUUCGACAAAUCCGAAAAUAAAGUGCUUCUGGAUGUAAAUUGCAUACUAUUCGUGUGAGUUGCAUUUACAUUUUAUUAAAUGUUACAAGCGUGGCAAACAGUUUUGAAGUUUUACCUUCAAAAUAUUUUAAUAAUUUUCUAUAUUAUUUCCCACCUUCUUAAAAGUUAUUAUAAUAUGACUUAAGUUAUUGUUGUAAAUUAUUUGGUAAAACGAAUUAUAAUAUAAUUUUUGUGUUCUUUUCUGCUUUAGAUCAAGUAACAAAUAUUGGAAAAACACAAAAUAACAACAUACAUGUAUAUAUAAAUUAUAUGAAAUAGAUAAUAUCCAUCAAAUAUAUAGAAACUAUAAAUA